CCUCCGGCUCCGACAUAAACUACACCACACCACUAGUGAAAGAAGCAUAUAUACAGUGUUUAUGACCUGUUUAGUACUGUAUAUUAUUGUGUCCUCACAUUUUUAUGCUAUUGGAAAAAAUUACCAAUGAUCAAUCUGGCUUCCCGUCUAAAAUAUGGUUGGCAAUUAGGUGUUUCAGUAAGAAACAUGUUGUGGUCGACCAGCGCAAUCGCCAAAUACAGCAUCGAUUCCAGUAGGCGUUUGGCUUAUGCAGAACCAUGGCCCACCAAGAACAUGCCCCAGCUAGCCACACUCAGAAACGGAGAAAAGGCCAGGGGCACGUUUUCUGAAGUCGAAAUGGAUAGAAGGAUCAGCAAACUUCGCAAAGAAAUGGAAAAUAAAAACAUCAAUGGCGUGCUGUUUACGUCACAUCAUAACAUCAAUUAUUAUUCCGAUUUCAUGUAUUGCGAGGUAGGACGCCCAUACGGCUUGGUGGUGACGCAUGAUAAAAUUGUUUCAAUUUCUGCUAACGUCGAUGGUGGGUACCCGUGGCGUCGUACUGUCAAUGGUGAUAAUUUAGUUUACACGGACUGGCAACGGGACAACUUUUUUACAGGCGUAAAUCAUGAGCUCGGCGAAUUAAAGGGGAAAAUUGGCUGUGAAUUCGACCACAUAAGUUUGGACAGUUACAACAAACUUCAUAAUGCACUGCCAGAAAGCAAGUUGGUGGACAUUGCGGAAUCAACGAUGUACCUGCGUAUGAUUAAAUCUGAUGAAGAGAUAGCACACAUUACAGAAGGGGCUCGGAUUGCCGAAAUCGGUGGGGGAGCGGUCAUUGAAGCACUUGCCGAAGGUGUUAGCGAACAUGAGAUAGCUUUACACUCAACUCAGGCUAUGGUGAGAGAGAUUGCUAAAAGUCGGCCAGAUAUUGCACUUCAGGACACAUGGACAUGGUUUCAAUCUGGUAUAAACAGUGAUGGUGCCCACAACCCAGUCACCAGUCGUAAAGUACAAAAAGGCGACAUCUGCAUCUUGAACUGUUUCCCUAUGAUGGCGGGAUAUUUUGCAGGUCUGGAACGAACUUUGUUCCUAGAUCACGCAUCAGAUGAAGCCCUGCGCAUAUGGGAGGCGAACUGUGAGGUUCAUGAGGCCGGUAUAAAACUAGUCAAGCCCGGAAUCAAAUGCAAAGAAAUAGCUCAAAAGUUAAACAUGAUUUACGAAAAGCACGACCUUCUGCAAUACCGCACAUUUGGGUAUGGUCACUCAUUUGGUGUGUUGUGUCAUUAUUACGGACGAGAAGCAGCUCUUGAACUUCGUGAAGAUAUUGAAACUGUUUUACAACCAAAUAUGGUACUGUCUAUGGAGCCAAUGGUCAUGUUGCCGGACGGACAGCCAGGUGCAGGAGGGUACCGCGAGCAUGACAUCCUCGUCGUCACCAAAGAUGGUGCAAAAACCCUUACUCAUUUUCCAUACGGACCAGAACACAUGAUUAUCAAGAAGUAAUGUCGAACACAUUUGCCGAAGUAUCAGACUGCUUGUUUGCUUAGUGUCUGCAACUUGUAGGCCGCCUAUAAUCAGUAUAUAUUAUUUGUUGAUUGUGGUGAUUGCUGAACAGUCUUGUCGCGUUGAGACGAUUAAAAGAUGAUUAUACACUGUACCGGCUCUGCUAAACUUACUGAACUUAUGUUUUAUCUAUUUGAUGAGUAUCAGGAGUAGAUCCAGAGAUGUCCAAAAAGGGUGGGGGGGAGCGAAAGUGGUACCGAUUGAUAUAACUCUAGCCUAGGGGAGCGAAAGUGGUACCGAUUGAUAUAACUCUAGCCUAGGGGGUCCGGGGGAAAUUUGUUUGUGUUCGAGACUUCCGAAAAUAACCUCUGAGGCGUUUUGAGCGAUCAAUUUUUUUCUUUUUCUUUAUUUUUUUUCUUUUACUUUCCAAAAAUAGGGGAACCCCUAAAUCCGCCCCUGAGUAUUAUAUAUCGUAAAGUGCCUCAGUAUUCUAAACUAAUUCCUCCAUGGUAUAUUUAAUACUGCAACCUUCGUGAGCUUCUCAUUACUCUAUAGAGGGCGCACUGGAUAUUUCGUUCUUUGUCACGAGUAUACGUAUAACUUUUAUAAAAGAUAUCUGGAUUGAUACUUUUAUAAACCAUCAUAAAUGAAUCAUGGAGGUGCCUUCUACAAUAGGUGCGAUAAAAUAUUUUAGUUCCUUGUCCUAAAACUGGGUUUGUUUUUAAAACUAAAACUGGAUUCAAGAGGAAGUCUUGUGCUGCACCGGCAAUAUAAUACUAUACUGUAUAAUAUACCGGUAAUUAGGUCUUAAUUAACGUCAAAAAGGGGAAUCUUGAAUUUCACAAAUGCAUCAUAAAAGCGCUUCUCGACACACAACAGAACAAUAAUGCCAGGUGGUGGUAUCAUCUUAAGUAAUAAUUUUUAAUUAAACCAUAAUGCAAUAAAGAGAUAAACCAGUGCGGUAAUACUAACAUUACUUAAUACUAAAUGUAGGUAAGUGAAGAAAGCUCCCCUGUCUUCUUCUGCCGUCUUGGAACAGGAACUUUGAAGGCAUCUGCAAACACUUGCUCGAACAUAAGUAAAAAUGUACAAACAUAUAAUUUUAAAACACAACUUUCAGUAAGUCGCGUAUCACAACUUCAUGGGAAUGCCAAUUGACAGCCACGAUUUAUUUCUCAUAUGUUUCGUAAUAAUACAAGUAAUGAGAUAAUUAAUUGGAGGAGGAGUAAGGAGGAGCAAUUAGCGAAGAUUGUAGAUUAUCUAGUAGAUAAGCAUUGGAGCUAAUGUGUAGGUUUAGCCAAAACACAGAAGAAAAUAAAUAAACUACAAAAGUAAUCGUAUAUUUGUCACAUGACACAGAUAUUAAUUUUCUCCCCUCCCCUAAGCCCUAUAAAUUUUAAUGAGUCUAUCCCUUAAACGUCCCAUAGGCAGCGCAGGUACCCUUGGACAAGCGAUCGACUCGAUCCUAUUAUGUAAAUACUAAAUCUAGCAGCCACGAGGAACAUUAUAUUUAAAUAUCAUGAAUAAUCAAAUAUCAGAAAAAAAAAAUACUCUCUUAUUAUGACUGCAUCUGUAUGCCUACUUAGUAGGGCGCCCGUGGAUAAGCCACUGGCGAUAUGUGUACGGGAGCCAGAAUAUUUUGGCCUUUUGCCGUUUACUACUUACCGCACAAUAAUUUGAAUCUUAGGCUAUAUAUUUGAAUUUUGGUUCCAAUUUAUACAAGCUUUUUAUUUUGAACCUUGAUAAAUUUCGUUCAUUUAUACUCUAUUAUAUAUAAUUUAAAAGUUUUGAAUUUAUUAUGAUUGAGAAAUGAAUGUUACUUUACUUUACUGGACCAAUGUGUACUAGGGCACCGCACUAGAGCGCAUAGGUAUUACGCCAUGGCUGAGUAUGUUUUAUAGACGGGUACUCUUCAGUCCGUAAUAAUGGAUAAAAACCUCAGUCUUAGGUCCCCGUCACUUGGCCUUUUUUACAUCCUGAUUUAUGAAAUCGAUAGAAAAUAGAAUUUUUCUAUGGGAGUGGUAACAUAAUGGAGCUCUCGAGUUUUCCACGCGCCAUUGAACUCAUGGGUUGGGGCCUACUCUUGUUUUUUCCCUCUUUCCUCACUUUAACUCUUCUCAAUUUUUUUCUCCCUAUUUUUAUUUUUCGGCGGCAUUGACGAGAGUGAGGGGGGGGGGGACCGUGGACACCCGCUGGAUCCGCCCCUGAAAAUUUCUGUCACGUCUGUUCUGGCAUGUUUCUUCUGUCUUUAAUAUAACAGAUCUGAUUAAAUAUGCUAAUAUUUUACAGUUACAUUAGGCCUACUGUGGUUUUUGAGCUAUUAUUUAGAUGAGCUCGAGUAGAGACUAUAGAGGAAUGACAUUUUGAAGCGUCAACAGGGCUACGCAACACGUAGGCCUACGUUUGUGGAACACGUGUGUUAUAAUAGUGUUUGUCAAAGCGCGUCUUUCGACCUGAUCGGUCAGUUGAUUGAAUGACUCUUCAGAAAUUCCAUUAAAAUAUAGAAAAUGUACAAUAUUUGAAAGGAAAACACGAUCAAACAAACCAGAUGACAUUUUUCUCAGCUAAUGCGAUGUUUGCGUGAUUUCAAUAUAACUGGCUAUAACAAUACAAAAGUAAUAAUUUAUUUUAUUUUUUAUUGUUUAUCGAUUCAUAUAUGUAACCAUGUCAUAUCUGAAUGACUUUGAUAAAGGAAUAAAUGAGUUGAGAAAGGUGAGGACGUACAUGAAGGCAAAUAAAGAUUCCAUAAAUGUA